GAUUGCCGGGACAGCAAACAUGUCCGCGAUCAUUUGAAAACUUACUGCAGUAUCUUUUGGGCACCGGGUGUGUUUUUGUUUAUGCUUCUGACAACUUCACUGACGUGUUAAAUAGUUCAGGACUCCGCGACAAGAGCCAGAAUAUUCGUUAUUAUCAGAAAUAAUGCUGAUAUCUGGGACUCAUGUCGGAAGUCGUGUAUGAAGAGACAGCCACGAUGAUUGCCGCUGGGGAAUUGCAGUCGUUUGUCCCAUUUGGCCGUGAUCACUGCAGGAACCAUCCCAAUGCCUUCAACCUGCAGCUGAGGGAGCUCCAACCCGCCUCUGAGUUGUGGUCUUCGGACUGCGCUGCCGGCCUGGUGGGCUCCCUGCAGGAAGUCAGCCUCCAGGAGAAAGAGAAGGAAAGCUGGCAGCUCAGGAAGGGCGCUGUAGACGCCCUGGAGCAGGACGUGGAGUUUGAAGAGGAGCUUUACACUGCAGGAAAUGUGGUUGUGUGGAGCCAGGGCAGCGGAACGCAAAGCUCUAAUGUUUACAAGGCUUUCACUGUUGACAGCCCAGUGGAGCAGGCUUUAUGGUGCGACUUUGCUGUUCCUCAGAACAAGAAUGAAGAAGAAAAGGUGGAGCACACAGUGUGUAUCGUGCAGAAUGGCUGUGUCAACAUUCACAGUGUCACCGGGAAGGAUUUCCUCUCACCUCUGCCAUUCCAGGUGUCAAAAGUGUGGCCAACCAAGUUUGGGCUCAUGCUGGAGCGUAAAAUCACAGCAGCGGACGGACAACAUGGCGAAUCUCUUCCGACAGUGUUCAGCAUGCUGCAUCCCAUAGAUGAGGUGGCACCAGUUGUUUGCAAACCAACAGGCUCGUUUGAAGGCUCUCGUGUGGAGUACAUGUCCGACUCCAUGAUGAAGAUUGUCUUCACCUGCUGCCAGCCUUCGAUCGUCGUCUCCUAUGACACCGUGCAGGGUACGCACACGGUGUGGAGCCUACGCAAAGUCACGCAUGAGGAACGCUCGACGGUGCUUCGGUGUCCCGCCGAGCCUUUCAGUGGACCUUUGGGCUUCCUAGCAACAGACUUCCUGAUGUCACACCUGCGGAACUACUCCCGCCUGGACUCCCCGGGUGGCAGCAAGCCAGCCAGGUUUAAUCCAGCCGUGGCCCCAAGCGGGGCUGUUGCUGCCAGCUCCCCUUUGCACUACAGCACUCUGCACAAGCACCAGUGUAGAAUCCUCAUGUCCUCACCAGGAAUACACUCUCGUAUUCAUUCCCCGGGCAUAUCCAACAUGGCUGCCCUCAGCCGCGCUCACUCUCCAGGCAUGGCGGCGCCGUCCUUAUCGGGCGUCUCUCGCUUCAACACGACUCUCCACAGCUCAUCGCCCCGGGGGGACCACGCUAUGGACUCUCCCAACAGCACUCUCAACGAGACCACGUUGACGCCAGAGCUGCAGCCCAUCAUACCCGACCUCUGCAUGGAGCAGCUGUGGAGCGAGACGGCCGGGACACACGGCCUGGACAGAGAGAUGAGUAGCCAGGCAUCCAAGGUUUUCCUAACCUCCGACCUCUGUGAGAACCGCUUCCUCUGUUUCCUGGUGGAAUCGCACCAGCAGCUCAGGUGCGUGAGGCUCGUGGAAAGCAACGAUAAGUCUCAGUUUAUCUUCACCUCGGUCACAUGUAUUGCUGCCAAAGAUGCCGAGCCUCUGCAGAACAUAGACGCCAUGCUGGUUUUGGAGGCCUGUGGCAGCCUGGUCCUCUACACUGGCAUCACCCGAGUCAGCAAGGUGUUUGUUCCCAGCCUCCUGUCGUCCACCUUCAGUCUGACCAACAAUCGCGCCAGCACCUACACGCCCUUAGAGCAUGUUAGCACGCCAGCUAAUGCCGGCAGCCGGCACCUGCAAAGACUGGAUGAGUCUGCCAUGCCCUCUCCAGUGUCAGAGCUCAGGGGUCCAAACAUGAAACACCACGAAGGGUCUUUUUUGGACGAUUACACCUUCCAGCAGUCUACGCCCUACAUCCAUGCCUUGCGGGACCCCGUCUGCAACCGUGUGACUCUGGAGCUAAACAAUGACACCAUGCUGAGAAUCUCCAUCCCUGAUAUUGCUACCUCAGAACUAGUGAGGAAAUGUCUUCAGGCCAUCCGUUUCAUCCUGCCCAAAGAAGCUGCCAUGAAGGUUUUGGUCAAAUGGUACACCAUCUUCAACGCUCCCGGAGGAAUCAGCGUCCAUGCCGAGUGGAACCUGUUUGUCACGUGCUUCCUGUCGUUAAUGGGCUACAACACGGAACGCCUUACCUGGACCCGAAAUCUGCAAUUUGAAGUGCCGCUCUCACCGGUGAUUGCGGCCAAGAAAGCUCGUCCCUGCGAUGAGGGCUCUGAUGAGGACUGGGAAUAUUUGCUGGGAUCUCAAUAUCACCAACAGAUGAAGUCAUUCUGCGAUUGUGCACCGGCGGACUCCUUUGGUGUCCCAGCGACCGCCACUGCAGACACAGAGGGCGUGCCCUUAUCGUCGAUUCCCUCGAGUGGCUCUCCUCCCUUGGACAAUUCGGCGCCUCUCUUUGGACACAUCCCUGCCCUCUUCAGUGUUCUCCAUCUGCUCUACCAGGAGCUGCUGCUCAACGACCUGCAUCGGGAAAGGGCCUCGUCUUUGGUGUGCCUUCUACAGCAGCUUGCCAGAGACCUACAGUUGGAACAGUAUGUGGAUCUCUACUGGCGAGACUAUCCCUCAUUAGUCAGUGGACUCACAGAGAGCUGCUUCAUAGACCCGUCUCUGAUUGGUCAGAUGCAGCAUCCAACUUUCCUGCGGUCGGAGCCUCCCUGUGUCUUCAACUGGCUCAGUAGUUGCCUUCGAGGAGAGGAAGUCCCACCUUUCCCCUACCUGCCCGGCAUCUGUCACAGGAUUCGACUGCUGGUUUUGAGUUAUGCUCUGUACGUCAAUGGAGACGACAACGCAACGUCCUCCAAUGUGUCGAAGUACCUACUUAAAUUCUCUGCAGGCCAGAAGUCAUGUGCCGAUGAGCAGCAAUACAAAAGGCAAAGUAGUGUUAGUCAAGGCAAGUUCUGCAGUGACAGUCUGGCUGAGCAGCUGGUUGUCUGGCUCACAUCAGAAGGGUUCACCCUAAGGGACUUGGAGUCUGUUCCGUUCGGUGUUGCUCUGCCCAUCAGAGAUGCCAUCUACCAUUGCCGGGAGCAGCCAUGUGCAAACUGGUCAGAGGAGGUUUGCCUGUUGAUUGGUCGACAGGACCGCAUCAGACAGGCCCACCGGAUGAGCCUGGCAAAGAAUAAAGCUUCUUUAGGUUCGCCUCCUGCGACCACAGAGACCGAGGAGGAGGAGGACGGGAUGUUGGACAUCAUUCAGGAGGUCACAGGACUGAUCUGGAGUCAGGAUCUGAGAGUCCAAGAGGUCAGGAGGCUCCUGCAGAGUUCUAGACCAGUCCGGGUCAGCGUUGUCCAGCUGCCAGAGGUUUCCGACCAUGAGUAUAUAGAGGAGAAAGAGAACAAGCUCCUGCAGUUGUGUCAAAGAACCAUGGGGCUCCCGGUGGGAAGAGGCCUAUUCACUCUGUUCUCCUACCAGCCUGUCCCCACGGAGCUUUUACCCAUCCCAAAACUCAACCUCACAGGUCGUGCACCUCCCAGGAACACCACUGUGGACUUAAACAGCGGUAACAUUGACGUUCCUGCCAACAUGACCAGCUGGCCCAGCUUCCAUAACGGCGUAGCUGCUGGACUCAAAAUCGCCCCAGCUUCACAGGUGGACUCGGCUUGGAUCGUCUACAAUAAGAACAAGAACCAAGAGAUGGCGAACGAGCAUGCUGGCUUCCUCAUGGCGCUGGGCCUUAACGGACACCUCACAAAACUGGCUACGCUCAACAUACACGACUACCUCGCCAAGGGCCAUGAAAUGACCAGUAUCGGCCUCCUGCUGGGUGUGGCUGUGGCCAGGCUCGGUACCAUGGACAUGUCAACUACCCGCCUGCUAAGCAUACACAUCCCUGCUCUUCUUCCCCCUACCUCCACCGAACUGGACGUCCCACACAACAUACAGGUUGCUUCUGUAAUAGGUAUCGGGCUUGUGUACCAGGGAACGGGACACCGCCACAUUGUUGAAGUUCUCCAAUCCGAGAUAGGUCGACCUCCAGGUCCAGAGAUGGAGUACUGCACAGAUAGAGAGUCCUAUUCCCUGGCUGCAGGGCUAGCUCUGGGCAUGGUUUGCCUCGGGCAAGGCAGCAACCUGAUCGGGAUGAGUGAUCUCAAAGUCCCUGAGCAGUUGUAUCAGUACAUGGUAGGGGGGCACCGCAGGGCCCAGGUCGGAGCCAGCAGGGAGAGACACAAUGCUCCAAGCUACCAGAUCAGGGAGGGUGAUACGAUAAACGUGGAUGUAACGUGCCCCGGGGCCACCCUGGCCCUCGCCAUGAUCUACCUGAAGACCAACAACCGGUCCAUAGCAGACUGGCUGAAGCCACCAGACACUUGGUUUCUUCUGGAUUUCAUCAAGCCUGAGUUUCUUCUGCUGAGGACUCUAGCCAGGUGCAUCAUUAUGUGGGAUGACAUCCUCCCUAAUACAGAGUGGGUCAAAAGUAAUGUACCGAAGAUCAUAAGGGAGACUUUGGACUCUUCACAAGACAUCAACAUGGAGACGAGAACCCAAGCACAGGACUACAUCACAGCGGGAGCUUGCAUGGCGCUGGGAUUGCGCUUCGCCGGCUCCGCCAACUCCGACGCCUUCGACUGCCUCCACGAGUUUGCUAAGACCUUCAUGAAGGCCAUGUCCCUUUCCGGUGCAGCUGCUGUGGUAACAAUUUACACAUUCACACCAUCAAAACAUCUUUUUACUCAACCUGACACUGGUGCCGGGGUCCUGCAGCAGCCGAGUUACUACGACCUGCAGACUGCCCUGUCCAUGAUCCUGCUGUCCAUGUCCAUGGUGAUGUCCGGCACUGGGAACCUGGAGGUGCUCCAGCUUUGUCGUUCACUGCACUACCGAACAGGCGGCGAGAUGAACUAUGGCUUCCACAUGGCUCAUCACAUGGCGCUUGGCAUGCUCUUCCUAGGAGGAGGAAGGUACAGCUUAAGCACAUCCAACUCGGCCAUUGCUGCUCUCCUGUGUGCCCUUUACCCACAAUUCCCCUCGCACAGCACUGACAACCGCUACCAUCUGCAGGCCCUGAGGCACCUCACUGUGCUGGCCGCCGAGCCCCGCCUACUGGUCCCUGUGGACGUGGACACCCUCAAGCCCUGCUACGCCCUCUUGGAGGUCACCUACAAGAACACCGGGUGGUACGGUGAGACGACAGUAGAGCUAAUGGCUCCCACCAUGCUGCCAGAGCUGCACCUUCUCAGACGGGUCCGAGUGAAGGGUCCUCGCUACUGGGAGCUUUCUAUAGACCUGAACAAAGAGGUGCAGCAUCUCAAGUCAGUCCUCUCCAGGGAUGGAGUGUUGUAUGUGAAACUCAGAGCCGGACAGUUAUCCUACAAGGACGACCCUCAGGGCUGGAAGAGCCUGCUGGCAUCUGCCGUCAACCAACGCAAAUCUGGAGUGAGAGCCUUUAAGGUCGAGGACAUCUCCACCUUCACCUCCAAUCCCACCCUGCUCUCCUUUGCAGAGUUCUUCUGCAAGACGUCAGAUGGAAUGAAGCAUCGAGAGGAGACGGUGGCGUUGUUUUCAGCCAUGCUGUACGAAUGUGUAACACAUGAAUGUCCAGAGAUGCUGCCAACGUACAUCGCUGUUGAGCAGGUGGUGGGCGCUCUGUGUCGGGGGGAGCUGCAGCACAGCUUUUCUCUGUGGCAGAUGCGGCUGGUGCUGGACCUUUGGGAUGGCAUGGUGCUGAGGCGGCCUGCCGCCAGCCGUGUCGGCCUGCUCUCCUCAGAGUUUUUACCGGUCAUGAAGAACAAGAUGGAAGUGGUGCUGGACGGUUGGCUUAAAGACAACAGCUCAGCCUGGAGGUCCUACAUGAGGGGCGAGACCCUCUCUGAGGACACGCGGUGCCCCAUGUUGGCCUCCAUCCUGGUAUACCGCUCCCUCCCUCUCAGGAACACACAUCUCCAAGGGUGCACUUCAUUUGGCGACUUGUUGUUCAGGAGCAGCAAAUUGGGAAUCCCAAUCAGAGACUUACUAAGGCUCGCCCCCGUCCUCCUGGAGGCUGGAAGUGGAUUUCAGACGCCGCCAGUACACUGAGCCUCUGUGAACACACGUUCGGGAAUGAGGCCUGUAUUAUACUGUUUCUAGUUUUUUUUAUAUAUAGUAUGUUAUGAUAUUGUAAAUGUUAUGCGGUAAUGUUGAUGGCCAGUUUCUCCAUUUGGCAAAAUAAUCAUCAGGUGUGUCCAAAGUGGCCUGCAGCUUGCAUUUUAAUGGGCGCAUAUUCGACAGACAAAAUUAAACUCGGAAGAUUAAGAUUAGCGUUAUUUCCCGGCUAUAGAAUGCAUUUGCUUGAGUCUCUCCAACCCGUUACUGAUAGUAGGUGGUUCGCGGUCUGAGUCGUCCAAACAGAAUCUGUUCUACGCUUGAUCACACUGCACUAAAAGCAUCAUGGUAAAUGUAGUUUUUAGGUAUAAAUUAACUGCAAACCCUUCAAAGCAUGAGAAAAAAGUCAUGGCUUAUACACUGUAAAUUACGGUACACAUUAAACAAACAAAAAGGAGGAAUUUCAAGGAAUAUUUUUUUCUGGAUGUGCAACCUUCAAUAGGAACACGUUUGGACCCCCGAUCUACGUAGACGUAGCAGCUGUUGCUUCAAAUGUAUAAAGCGGAGAAUAAAGAAUCUGCAUGUUUCACCAUGAAGUGUACUUUAUUCUCAUAUUUUCUGGUCAGUGUCACGGAUAGGAUGAUAAAUGCUUAGCUGUUUAUUUUCCCAGAGAUGUUUUGUUGCCAUGACAGUCAUUCAAAGUGACUCAGGCAUCAAAACGGGCUGUGGUUUCAUUCCGGGUGCUUCCCCACAUGACGAGACUCGUAGUCUUUACCCGUCCUCAAAUUAGUGACUCCAGUCACUUUGACGGAAAAGGCCUGCCUUUCUACUUCUUUUAUUGCAAAACAUUUGCGUGUUUAUUGUGUAAUGCUGCCGGAACCAGUGGUUGCAUUCGAAACACCCUUCAGGGUUUACAUACGUGGGAAAAAAAAUCAGGUUUUGAGGGCCUACACAAAGUUUGCACAUUACAUAUUGAAUAACCUUAUGUCAAUAGUCAUUUCUAUUGAUUUGUUGAACUACCUCGAGGCUGCACAUAUGUUGUGUUAGAGUUGGUAGAAUGAGAUAAAGUAGUAUUGCAGAGAUAUUCUGUACUUGCACCGAGCUUUCUGUCACUUCUGUACAGGCAGGGUGCUUGAAGGACUCUCUGUGCAGGGGUGGGGAUGAGGACAGUGUAGCAGACGGGUUGCUCGGCAACCUUAUCACUUUUGCUGCUUGAUCGCUAGCAUCCAACCAUGCACCCUUUUGUGACACAAGCUCAAACCAGUUAAAUACCUACACAUACUUACCCAUUGAAGAAAGGGUACACACCCCUGCGUUGGUGUAGCUCAAGCAUAGCAUUUUAGCUUAGACCAUAGAACCUAGUUUCAUCACUACCCGUUGUUGUGUGCAGGAAUCCAGCUUUCCACAGAAUGCGGUCUGCCUUAUCUCUUCUUGGGAAAAACCAACCAGGUCGUUUCAGUUAUGUAAUAUAAGUGUUAAAAAUUACUUUAUACUGUACUACCGGUUACUGUCUUUUAAAAGUAAUUAGGUAUAUCACGAUAUGACUCUUGUAAUGUGUUAUAUUCUGCGCUACUUUUACCAACUGCAAAGGUAGGACCAGUGCUUAACUUGAAAACGAUGAUGGCCAACACAAAUUUGAAAUAAUAAUAUUGAAUAUUAACAAAUAAUUUAUAUAUUAUAUAUAAAUGUAAUUUAUAUAUUUAUGUAUAAUAAUAUUCAAUAAUAAUAUUGAAAUGGACUGAAAAAUGGAAAAAAACUAACAUUAAAUUCAAAUAAAAUUCAAAAGUAUAAAAAUAUUUGUACAAUUAAAAAAAAGAAAUAAAUAAAUUUGCUGGAAAAAAAUAAAACAAUAAAAUAUUAGAAACAAAUGAAAAUAGUUAAAUAAAAAAUUGAAUUAAAUUAAAUCAAUUAAAAAAAUAACAUUUCACUUUUGGCCCUCUUCCAAUCAUUGAUGCUACAUUAUGUUUGACAUUGUAGGCUGGACGAAUGGGCAUAAACAAUGACAAAAAAGUCAGAAAUUUAUGUUAAAAAAAAGAAAAAGACACUGGAUUCAAACAGUGGAGCAAUGCAUGCCAAGGUAGUAAAUUACAUACAAGCUUGUUGUCUGGACCGGGCAUAAUAUUACAAAGUUUUAUGUGUAAUUGUGCCACUUUUGUAACAAUACUAACAAAAGCCUUAUUUGCUACGAUGGAGGUUUGUACACAAAGAUGAGAAAGACCAUGUUUGUUGCAUCCCACAAACCUUUUAUGUGUCAGUAGACCUUUCUUUAGUCGGAAGAUUAAACAUUGAAAAGAAACAAACCAUAACUUUGAAGUGUCGUCUUGAAAGGGGUGUACACUCCACCACUGGUGACACUUCAAAGCCCCAGAGGAGCGUUUGGAACUUCCUUUACCGAAUACGGCGGCGGCACAUGCUAGUUUUUAGAAGCCAGAGUUGCCGGCAGCUGUGAGAACAUUCCUCUGCAAAUGAGAAACAUGCAAACAAACAUGCAGGCGGCCCACACCCUCCUCUCACAGAGCAACAAGUCAGACUCUAGUAAUACUGUUCCAUGCCAUGUAGCAUUCGCUAUCUCGGGGACAAGUUAGUGAGACCUUCAGCGGCUUGCUGAGCGUUGAGCUAACUGAUAGUGUGUGACGAGUGUGGUUUCCUGGAAGCACAAGUUGUUUUAUCUGUUCUUGAUGGGAAGUGGGGGGGGGCUAGCCUACAUUUCUGUUUUUUAAAAUUAUCCCCAUUUGUAAAAGAUCGGUUUUACACCCGCCAGGAGUGUGAACACACCUCAAACGUUAAUGAUCAAAGUAUUUAAAGCAUUAGUGUCCAUUGUCAAUGUGCAUCAAUAAAUGCUAAGUUACAUUUUACCUUUGUGUUGGAGGCAACACAGCAAAUUAGUGUUCUAACUAAUAGGGGUGUAAGGGUACAGCUGCUUCCCGUGCUGACUCGGUACUACGGUCAUGGAACCCGAAAAGAUACACUACAUCAUAAUUUACAAGGUUUCAUUGUAGUAAAGUGAAACAAUGCAGAUACUGUGAGUACAACACUAAGAUUGUAUUGGUUUUGGUUUACACAUUUUACCUGGAUAGUGAAGUGUUACCAAACAACGGAAGUGUCUCCAACCUCUGACCUCUUGUGUUUGUUGCUGGUCAUGACUCCUGCUAGUGAAAGUUUUUGGCAAGGUUCCACAACUCCAUAACUGAAUCUCCACUCCCGUGCAGGUACUGUGAGUACAACACUAAGAGUGUCUUGUUUUUGGUUUACACAUUUUACCUGGAUAGUGAAGUGUUACCAAACAACCGAAGUGUCUCCAACCUCUUGACCUCUUAUGUCUGUUGCUGGUCAUGACUCCUGCUAGUGAAAGUUUUUGGCAUGGUUCCACAACUCCAUAACUGAAUCUCCACUCCAGUGGCGACUAUUUCCUCACCUUUCAUGACUGUUUGUAUUUGAUUCACGAGGAAAUGCUUGAUGCAAGAAACACUUCCCGUCUUUCACUUUUAAUGCAUAUUGUUUGAGAAUUUGUGAUUAUAUGUCAUUAAUGAGCAAGUCAUGUUCAAUGCCGCUUAUCCUCAUUAGGGUGCUGGAGCCAAUCCCAGCUGUCUUUGGGCGAGAGGCGCGGUAUACCCUAGACUGGUCGCAUUUCAUUCCAAUGCUAACCUUUUUGUGUGUUGCUGCCAUUACGCUGUUCUCAUUCGUCCACAUCCUUUUAAUAGCUUCCUUAGUGAAGCUGAUGAGUGGUUACAACACACCCUUACAACACGCGGUUGCACACUUGCUUCGUUUUACAUCACAUGUUGCAUAGAUCUUUAAAAAAAAGUAAGAGUGCUUACACUUGGACUGAUUGGAAUCUAAUUCUGCUUCCAUGUUCUCCUUUUUUGGUUGUGUUUACCGGAAAUUCCCUUCUGGAAUAGUUCACAUUCUUCCAAUGCAUUAAAUAUUUAUCCAAGUGGUUGGAAUGCUUAAGCAUGGAACGCUGUGUCCUCCACCCUCAUGAGGCAGCAGUAACAGCACGCAAUCAUUAUCACGGUCAUGGCAUUCUUUCUUUCCUGAUGAUACUCAGUUCUUUGGGUGUGUUUUUGCUAACAACUUCACUGUCACUGCGAUCACGCUGCUUCCAGUAAGA